GUGGUACUGUGGCUACCAGUGUGGCUGUUGGCAUAUGAAGCUGCUGUUGUGUGUGGUGAAGUGCACAACCAACCAGGACAGAAUAUAGAAUCCGUGCCGCCUGGUAUUAAACUCGCGAUGUGCAUUAUUGCUGGUUUAUUUAUUAUUUAUUUGUUUUUAAACAAAUACUUAAUUAAGCCCAUGCAAGUUGAUACUGCCAAUAAUCUCCCACCUGAACAACAAAUUGAGGAUGAGGCAAACAGUAGGACAGGCAUUUUAAAAAAUUUUAGGAUAGCAUCCCGCGAAUACACAAGAUUUGCGCUGUUUGGUAUAAUGUUUGGUAUUAUUGGCUUUAUUUACUCAUUUAUGAGAAUCCUGAAAGAUAACUAUGUAAUGUCCAGACAGGAGCCUAUCUGUAUCUUAUACAUCAAGCUGUUCUAUAUUGCGCCUCUAUCGUUUCUAAUUGUUUUUGCUAUUAAUUAUCUCCUUGUCAGGCGAUCAGUUUCUAACCUUUUCUCUCUCUUUUCGCUGGCAUUUAUGGGAUUGUUCUUUCUCCUGGGAACCUUCGUAAUGUUUGAAAAGCAGAUGCUGUUCAGCACAUCCCUCUUGGGAACAAAGCUCACCGCCCUUGCCACACAAACAAAGCACAUUGGAUUUCUAAAGUACCUGAUAUUGACGUUAAUCGAGCCAUUGGCAACAUCAGUUUAUAUCGUUGCAGAGCUGUGGGGCUCUCUGAUUCUGUCCUAUCUAUUUCUCUCAUACAUGAAUGAAAUCUGCACCGAACGACAGCACAGCAGGUUUAUUCCUCCGCUGUUUAUUAUCGCCAACGUCUCCCUAUUUGCAUCAGCCAUGGUGACCACGCUGUUUUUUAAAAUUGAAGAAGGGCUAACAAGUGACCAGAAAACUAUAUUCAUGGGUCUAAUAUUCUUUUUAGAAGGCUUUCUUGUACUUGCGAUGCUUUUUUGUAAAUACAUUCUCGAGACUAAGGUUAUUACCAAGCCCAUAUUCAUUUCCGAUAAAAUAAAAAAAGCAAAAGCUCCGAAGGUGACUCCUGGUUUUGCAGAGAGUUUGCAGAUCAUGAGAAAGUCAAAGUUCCUAUUGGCAAUGUGCACAGUUGUGUGUUUCUAUAGCGUGGCAUUCAAUGUUCUUGAGACUGUUUAUAAAAACGGCAUCAAAAGGGGUGCUGAUGAAAUGAACAUCGAGCGUGGAAAGUAUUCUGGAAAGUUUAAUAGCUACGAUCAGUAUGUGACGUCAGUAUCGGUUAUUUUAUUGAACAUGUCAGCAUUCUCAAAAUUUGUAGAUAAACAAGGAUGGCUGUUUGUUGCCAUGAUCACACCCAUUGUUGGACUGAUCUCUUCAUUUUGUAUUCUUGGGCUAGGCUCGUACAACUCGGCAGCGGAUAGAAACUCAUUUGGUUUUUUAAAUUCAGUGCUAGGCGGGUCAGCAACAUUCAUUGCACUGGAAAAUUACCUGGGAACGUUCUGCCUGGCGGCAAUGAAAAUUUUUAAAUACACGGCGUUUGAUGUUACGAAAGAAAGAAUAAGCAUGAGGAUUGAGUCGAGAUACAGGCCAAAGUUCAAGAGUAUUUAUGAUGGAAUUUUUAAUAAGGUUGGCAAGUCUGUAGGUGCGGCAUACGGAAUACUGGUGACUAGCUUAGUAUCUGAUAUUGACUUUAGAGGGUUCUCGCCCUUCACAUCUACGGCAAUGGCAGCUGUUAUAGGUAUAUGGAUUUUCUGGGUAGUCUAUCUUGGACGCUCGUUCAAUACAAGUCUGAAAACUAACGAGCCCAUUGACAUUGACAUUACCGAAGAAGCCAACUCCGAGAAACAGGAAUUAAAAAAGGCUUUGUAA